UCAUAUCAGUCUAAAUACGAAAAAUAUAUCUACAACACAAAAAAAAAUCAUCAUUUCAUCAUUCCGGGGCGUAAAAUCCCGGCUUUACUAAAAAGAUGUCAACAUAUUAUUCGUCAUAAAAAUCUCAUGUAGAUAAUAUUAAUAGUAUAUAAAAAGAAUAAUUUGUCUAUUUGCCUCAUCAGUGUAUACAUUUUGUUUAUUUUGAAGUCUAUUUCAAGAUGAGGGUUGUGUCUGCAAUUGUGGUAUUCCUCUGCGUCGUCCUUUUGAUAAUUCAAACUAUAUCCGCGGCACCUGCGCCCAUUCCUGGGGGUGGCGGUGGCGGAGGCUGUGGUGGCGGUGGCGGCGGUGGCAGUGGUGGUGGCGGUGGCGGCGGCGGCUGUGGCGGUGGAGGUGGCGGUGGCCGCUAACGUAUAAUUAAAAUACCUAAUUUUACAUGUGGAAGCUUAAAAUUGUAUAUUUUAUCUAUCUUUAUUGUAUAUUGUAAAAUUGUAUAGUUAUUGUAUAUUGUAAAAUGUUUUGCAAUUAGAGUAUUUAUUCCUAUUUUUUGAUAUUAUGAAUAAUACUCUAUUACAGUAGUACCUAUGUGAUAAAUUUAAAACGAAUAUUGUAUCAAUAAAGUUUUUUUUUGUAGAA